UUUAACAAUUAGAAAAGACUGAGAGGUCUUCAUCUCUCCGCACAAACAAAGAAAAAACUGAUACAAUCAAAAUCAAUCAUUUCAUUUUUAUAUUCAAACCAAAACCAAACCAAGCCAGCCUAGUUGUACUAAGAAAUGGACUUGGCUUUUGCUUCUCCAUUGUACAUUUCGACCGGAAGGAGAAGAGCCGUUGACAAGAUUAAGCCUUGUGGCUCAUUUCUUCUCUCGAACAAAAAGGCGUUCACGUUGUCACCCCGCUCGGCGACUCUAGCAUCCCAGCCAACUCAAGCCAUAGAAUUUGAGGUCGAGAACAAAAAACACGAUCUCCUGAGAGCGAUCCAGGACACACAACGCGGCCUCGUAACGACUGCUGAUCAGCGCUCUUCGAUAGAGGAGGCCUUGGUGACUGUGGAAGGUUACAACAGGGGUGCGCCCAUUGACUUGGAGAAAUUGGACGGGACGUGGCGCUUGCAGUAUACCUCAGCCCCUGAUGUUCUUGUUCUUCUGGAAGCUGCUGCAAGGCUUCCCUUCUUUCAGGUCGGUCAAAUCUUUCAAAAAUUCGAAUGUCGGGAUCAAUCCAGGGGGGGUAUCAUCCGCAAUGUCGUUCAAUGGAGUAUCCCAACUCUACUAGAGGAACAAGAAGGUGCAACUCUUCUUGUGUCUGCAAAGUUUGAUCUUGUUUCCAUUCGUAACGUCUACCUUCAGUUUGAAGAGAUCACUUUUCAGAAUUUAAAAAUCAGUGAAGAAGUACAGGCUUUAAUUGCUUCAGCGAUACUACCACGGUCGUUUAUAAGUCUCCAGAUUUUGCAGUUCCUUCGUACUUUCAAAGCUCAAAUUCCUGUUACAAAUCCAGAUCCAGGACGCCGAUCAGUAGGAGGCCUGUAUUAUCUUUCUUAUUUAGACUCCAACAUGCUUUUGGGACGCGCAGUUGGCAGUGGAGGAGUUUUUGUGUUUACUAGAGCUCAGCCGUUUAUCUGCUGAAGAACAAUUUAUAGCACGCUGCCUGGGAUUUGCAUGUGGGAAAAUAUCUGGUCAUGGAAAUGGCAAUAUGGCUUACAUGCGAAUAAUGGAGUAUGACAAUUCUGCCAUCUUGUUUAUGUAUUCCAUUUUUAAUUUGGGAAAUUGCAGUGGCUGAAAAUAAAUGGCCUUUUUUCCCCUGAAUUUUGGAAAAUGACCAAAAAAAUGAUUUAUUGAAGGCGGCCAUCUUUUUAAAACCGCAAAUUUCGGUCAUGUUUCUAAAUGCACCUUCAAAACCAGUCAUUUCUUCAAAUCAUUUAUUUUCUGAACUUGUUGCGACGCAUUUCCCAGUUUGCCCACCAAAGGUUCUUCUUGCUUGCGUGCAUAAUAACUAGGAGGGAGUUUCAAGGCACCUUAUAUCACUCUACCCUUGUAUUUGUCCUACAUUCCUACCUUCGUGUUUGCUUGCUUCUGUGAUCAAGGUGAAGUUGAUUAUAAUGUCGCAGGUUUAUGAGGAUUGGAAUAACUCCGGUUGCAAUUUGGGGUUGCUAAGGUUCGUCACAACGAUGGUGUUCAUAAGUUUCAUGGAUACAACUUUUCCUCUUGCUUUACUUUGUUGUUUUCUACACAGGCAUUAAACAAAGUACUGUAUAGAUUUUGAUUCCCCAAGGCAACUCCAUUGAAAGCUCAUUCACAACCUUUGUAAUAUUUUGCUUGUGGUCAAGAAUAAAAAUGCUUAUGAAAUAUGAUUAUGAU